AUGCCCGUCAGCCGUAAACGCAAAGCCGUCGCUGAAGAGMCUACUGCUACCACGAAACAGACGCGUGCAGCCAAGACACAAAAGACCAUCAACACAUUCGGUGGCGUUGGAAAGCCAAACAAACAGAACAUCGAGUGCAAGAAGAGAAAGACGGUUCAUGGUCGCGAAUCCACGCCUCCACCUAUUGCCCUUGUCGCGUCGCAGGCAGAGAAUAAGAGAAAGCGAAGCGCGAACUACAGUGACGAUGAAGAGAUUGCAGUGUGCCCUCGCAAGGAAGUCUCCAAGGACGCAGGAGUUACAGUACAGCCUGCUAUUCUAUCCACUCCUCGCAACAAGCGCGUGAAGAACAUGCUCCCAUCGCCGGCAGAAACCCCGACGCGAGGCGCUGCUGCGCUCUUCGAUCGUCUGGACAUUGCCACAAACGCGCGUCCAAUCCCAAUUGCGCUUGGAGGACCACUAGGCGCGUACAACACGCCUCCGGAAAGCCCGAGCAAGGACGAAGGAGCCGACCUCGGCAUUCUCGCCGAUCUUGCAGACCUCCGUCAUCUUUAUUCAUCAUUCCUGGCCGCACUUUCUAUGCACUACUCACACAACGGAACUUCAUCACCCGUUGAAGUAAGCACUCUGCUCGACAUGAUUACGAGGCACUACAAGAAACGAAGUGUCAAACUUGAGGAUCUCCAGCGCAUUCUGACGAUUGCGUCAAGAUUGGAUCAAAGCUUCAGUCUGGAGCACUAUGGGCGAGCAGGUGUUCGUCUGACAAGACCUGAGCCGCGCGGUCGUGCGCUCUUGCAGUCCCCGGGCUUCGUGGACGAAGCAAAGCUGAACGCCAGAUUUGGAGACGCUCUUCGACAGUCCUGGCAGAGCUGGGAGGCCUGCACAGCAAAGGAGAACAGGAAUUCCGCCGCAUUCUUGAGCCACCUGCCAUUGAUGACAAUCAACAAGAACGCAUCCGCUGCGAAAGCAGCACCUCUGUUUGCUCGCGGAGAACAACGUCUCGCUGAUCUCAAGGCCAGCCAAGUAGCAGCUGCGAAAUCAGAGAUUGCGAAGCCGACACAAGAUGAAGUGCUCUCGCAAAGAUCUGCUCAAGCGACUCAGAACCGCGGGACCGCACUGCUCGACCGUAUCUUGGCAAAGCAGAGMAUAGCAUCCACGCUCCCUGCAGGGCCUACCAAGUCGCAGCUGGAGCGAAAGUCUGCUCUUCACAGGAUUGAGGAAAUUGCCAGGAUUCUGUCCCUGCUUGCAUCUUCAAAGGAAAGGUGCAGUUUCAGCAUGCAGGUUGUUACGCAGCAGCUGCAACAGAGCCUGCGGAAUCCCAUUAGCAGAGAGGAAGUGGAGAGAUGCUUGGAGUUGAUGAGCAGGGAAAUCGUGCCCGCCUUUAUCAAGGUGGUGCAAAGCGGAGAAGUCAAGGCCAUUACCAUCACGAAGAGUGGUAACGUUUCACUGGCUGAGUUGAGGGAAAAAGUACAGAUGGCUUGCGCAUGA